AUGAUGGUGAGUUCUCUUCCCUUCUUCUCCUUCUUCUUCUUCUGAAUCCGCCCCUCUUUCAGAAGUUUGUCGUCCUUGCCGUGCUCUGCGCACAGACCCUCGCCUUCGUCCCAAUCGACCACAAGUCCGCCCUGGAGACUCUCACCGGAGAGGCCCUCGUCCAGUACGUCAACUCGGCGCAGUCGAUGUUCGUCACUGAGCACAAGGAAGUCAGCGAGGAGGAGAUGAGAUCCCGUGUCAUGGACGGAAAGUACGCCGCCCCGCACUCCGACGAGAUCCGUGCCACCGAGCGCUCCACCGUCCUCGACACCAUCCCGGCCACCUUCGACUCGCGUACCCAAUGGUCCGAGUGCAAGUCCAUCAAGCUUAUCCGCGACCAGGCCACCUGUGGAUCGUGCUGGGCCUUCGGAGCCGCUGAGACCAUCUCUGACCGUAUCUGCAUCCAGACCAAGGGAGCCAAACAGCCAAUCAUCUCGCCAGACGACAUCCUCUCCUGCUGCGGAUCCCAAUGCGGAAACGGAUGCGACGGAGGAUACCCAAUCCAGGCGCUCAAGUGGUGGGACUCGAAGGGAGUCGUCACCGGAGGAGACUACAAGGGAGCCGGAUGCAAGCCGUACCCGAUCGCCCCGUGCACCUCCGGAUCGUGCCCAGAGUCCAAGACCCCAUCGUGCGCGUUGAGCUGCCAGUCCGGAUACUCGACCGCCUACACCUCCGACAAACACUUUGGAUCUUCGGCCUACGCCGUCGCCAAGAAGGCUGCCUCCAUCCAGACUGAGAUCCAGACCCACGGACCAGUUGAGGCCGCCUUCUCCGUCUACGAGGACUUCUACAAGUACAAGUCGGGAGUCUACAAGCACACCGCCGGAAAGUACCUCGGAGGACACGCCAUCAAGAUCAUCGGAUGGGGAACCGAGAGCGGAUCUCCGUACUGGCUCGUCGCCAACUCGUGGGGAACCGACUGGGGAGAGUCCGGCUUCUUCAAGAUCCUUCGCGGAGCCGACGAGUGCGGAAUCGAGUCGGCCGUCGUCGCCGGACUUGCCAAGGUCUAA